GAUGGGCCACGCCGCGGUCGGGGUGAGCCGCGCGCUGGCGAGCUGCGCGUACGCACCGCGCAAGAAGUUCUACUUGUUGCUGCUGGGAGCGUUCGCGUUAUCAGUCAUAGUCCUCGGCUCCUUUACUUCACAACUCCCUCGUGAGGAGGAGAUGGAGCAACGUUUGGCGGCUAUGCAAUCAAACCUGCAGUUCCUGGAGUCACUGUACCGGUCGCGACAAGAGGACAUCAUAUCUUUGGAGACCAAAGUCACCACAAAACACAAACAAGGGGAGGCCCAAGACCAAGGAGCCUUCGACGGUGGGUUCACCACCGUGACUCCUGAGUUGCAAGCUUUACUCAGGAACAUCACCGGAACUAAAGCAGCCGGUGGAAUCUUUCCAAAGAGCAUCCCUGACAUGAGGUUGCCAUUCUUGUACCAACUGCUCCCAUACCUAAUGAAUGACCCGAACAGUCUUCGACCAGCGUACCAUAUGACGGGAGGGCGAAUAUUCGCCGAUGUGGUGAUUGGCGUACCGACUGUUAAGAGGGACAAGGAGAACUACCUGAUGAUUACACUAACUCAUUUGAUCAGCGGCCUCACGGAAGCUGACUUGAAUUCCACUCUCAUUGUGGUCAUGGUUGGAGAGACUGAUCUGGAAUACGUCAUCAAUACGGCCAGACAGGUGGAAACAAUGUUCUCCAAGCACGUCGAGAGUGGUCUCAUAGAGGUGAUAUCAGCCUCACCGACGUACUACCCUGACUUUGACUCGUUGCCGAUCACGCUCGGCGACUCCCAGAAGAGAGUGAAGUGGAGAACAAAACAGAAUCUGGACACAGUUUAUCUAAUGGCGUACGCGCAGUCCAAGGGCACCUUCUACCUGAUGCUCGAGGAUGACGUCAUUGCUAAGAACCAUUAUAUGCAGGAUAUCAAAAAGUUCGCAGCACAGACCUCCGUGUCCAAUCCAGACUGGUUCUACAUAGAGUACUGCCAAGUGGGGGGAAUAGGGAAACUGUUCAAGUCUUCUAACUUGACGCGCUUCAUCAUAUACGUACAGCUGUUCUACAAUAACAUGCCGAUCGACUGGCUGCUUGAGAGCUACCUGGCAGAUAAGAUCUGCACGAUUGAGAAAACUUCGAAAACGUGCUUGCAAAGUAAGCUCCAAAUUCGGCCUCGAUACAAGACAUCACUAUUCCAACAUAUAGGAUUGUAUUCUUCACUAAAAGGAAAAAUCCAAAAGAUCAAGGAUUCCCAUUUUGGCGCAGUACCAACCUUCUAUCCGCACAAUAAUCCACCAAUCGAAGACAUAAAAAGCAAUAUUGACGAGCAUUCAGACCACACGCUAAGAAGGGCUUAUGAUGGAGUCACUUACUUCUGGGGUAUCAAACCUAAGAAGGGUGACUUCGUCGAGAUCAUCUUUGAGAAGCCCACCGCUAUAGAAAAGUACACUUUCCGCAGCGGCAAUGUAGAGCAUGUCUCCGACAAGUUCUAUGACACGACCGUCGAGGUGUUACCAGCCAACAAAGGCAACUACACCGUUGUGGGGAAAUUCGACGAAUUUGGAAUGGCUGAGGGGGAGAUCAGUAAGGACUUUGGACCAUUGGCCGCAAUCAAGCUCUCCGUCAAUAGGAGCAGCCAGUACUGGGUCAUUUUGAGCGAAAUCGAGCUUCGGCCGGUGGACCAAGAGAACAGAUGACGCAAAAAUAAGUACCAUCAGAAGGUUUUCAUCAGGAGGAUCAAAAAGAGACGCCCGAGACGCCCGCACUAAGAAACUUUAUAAUUAUAAGACUGGACACGUGCUAGUUUUAUGUUUCGUUUUAAACCAAAUAUUUGGCGGACGUAUGGGUACUCUCGAAAUCUUAUUUUAAUUUCUAAGUUCGGACAGUAUAAUGCCAAACUUCUUAAUUUAUUUAUUUAAACAAAUAUUUAUUUACAGCAUCGCCACAAAGACAUUUUUAAUUACUUUAAUUUAUUUAUUACACAUUUAUUUUUGGCAUUACUUGCCAUUUAACCUAGAAUAAUUUAAAAAUUGGACUCUUGAUUAUUGAACCAAAUAUGCUAUGUUAGGUGGUGUACUGUAUUAGUUAUCCAAAUUAUAUCUUACAUUAUUAUACUUAGUGAUUUAUGUGUCCAUAAUCAAUUAGUUGUUAAGCAUAACUUUAUUCAAUAACGUGCACAAAUAGCCUACAUUUUAAUUAGUGUAUCAUCAAUACGUUAUUUCACAUAGCUACUUUUCGGAUUUUAUAAUUAUAAGGUUGAUAGCUAAUACAUAACUAACUAGUCGUCAUAAAUGUAAAUAAGUUCAAGGUUUCACAUACAAGGAAUGCAUUCUCAUCCAACGAAAAUCUCGGAUUUCCACGUAAAAUAUAUAAAGACAUGUACAUAGUUUAAAUAAAAACGGGACAGAUUUGGUGUGAUUGUGUUUUUAGGCUAUCAUAUUUUUCUAAAAAAUACUUGAACGGACGGGAAUUUGUAGCACUAAGUAAGUGCCUUUUUCUUGUGAUAAGGAUUUCGGCACACGUACGGAUCUAGUUCGCGUGCGGGUAGCCCGCAUUUUGUUAUUUCAUGUACCUACAGGGUGGAAUUUUGUAAUGCCACCUGAAGGGAAAGUACCCUUAAUAAUGUAAAUAGAAAAUUUUACUCAA